CAACGGUAAUUAUCUGGAUGCCACGAUCUUCCACCCGCAGGGCGGCGGUCACCUGGCGGGCAACGGCGCCAUCUCCAUCGGCGACGCCAGGUUCCUCGUCGAGCAAUAUUUUGGUUUGUAGGCCUCGGAUGAAAUUCACGAAACAAGAUUUAACCCGGCAAUUUCAGCAAUGAUGGAGUUUGUGAAUGCUGCAUACAAGUGGGAAACCCAAGCAAAGUCUGUUAUUGAACCCUUUGUUCUGCUGCUUUCACCCUUCGCACCACACUUGGCUGAGGAGCUUUGGUUUCGCCUUGGACACUCACAAUCAUUGGCCUAUGAACAGUUUCCAGAGGUAAAGCUUAAAUCUAUCCUGUUUCGGCGCAUCAUCCCCUUGUUGCUGAGUGACAUACGUUGCUGAUUCAUUUGAAGAUGAAGAUAUAAACUGUUUGUGCACCAAUGGAUUGCUAGGCACUAAAACAACCUAAUCUGCUUGUACUCCCCGUCCAAUCAAUGGGAGGACCAGGGGUACAAUCCUUGUUGACAAAGCUUGCUCUGAGGAUGAUGCAUUCCAUAUAGCAGCCUCAGAUGAGAAACUCCAAAUAUUUGCUGGAAAGGGCAUCAGAAAGAGAGUUUAUGUGCCUGGGAGAAUCUUGAAUGUUAUCCUAGAUCAACAAAAGGCAAGGACCUGAUAAUUGCUCUUGCUUUUCCGUUGAUCUUGCUAAGAGUCCUUGGGGAGUAGUCGAUAGAGAUUAUUGUGAGACAUGACGAAUCUGUAAAUAUAGAUUCUUUUAUAACAUUUGCAGUUAAUCUUUUGUGUAAUCAUAGUUUAUUUACAAGGAACCUUUUUUCUCUCUUGGAAUACAAUUUCCAUUGGAGAUCAGGAGAAGCUUUUUUGAUACAGUGAAAUUCAAUUUUACUCUUUUUUGGGAAUGCUAAAACUAAAAGUACUGUUGCACCUAACAGUCUAACACAAUAUGCUAUCUAUUUUCGUUACCAAUUUCUGAGAUUCGGUUGUUCAGUUCAUAUUUUGCUUCAGAUGUUGGCAAGGAGGAUUUGACUAUGAGCAGAAUCCUCCAUGUAGUUCUUAGCUAACAAAGGGUUGGACCACCUAACUGGAAUAGUACUCUCUUUGUCUAACACCUAGCAACCACUGAUGUUGACCUUUUAUCCUGAUCUGCUUCUUCUGUGUCCAGCAUUCUGCUGCAACUUAUCCUGAACAGGUACCUAUUCAGAUUUCUCUGUUACUCUGUUCUGAUUUGUUUGUGCAUCAUGCUCUGUUUCCUGUACUAGAUUUAAUAUAAGUUCUAAAAAAACAUGUUCUCCAUAUUUCAGUAAUUUUAUUUGAAAUGCGGGACUCUUUUGCUACUUUUUCUCGGGAUACACUUUGAUCAGUAAGAAAAAUGCAGAGCCUUUCUGCCUCUUUUGAGUGAGUAUUCUGCUACCUUUGCUUUCUACUGUAACAAACAUGGAUACUUCAACAGCAAUGCACAAUAACCACAUUCCUACCAAACCAAAAGGUGAGGGAGACACAUAGUUUGCUUUCUUUGUUGCUUUUCCUCGCCGAGUUUGCUCAUCUAACUUUGCACGAUAUCCCAAUCAGGGCCUGUGCGGCUUAUUCUGUUGUUGACUCCUGAAGAAUCUCUUCAACAAACACUGAGUGUUUAAUUUAGAUGUUUGAACUAACACAAGAACGAACGCUGAAAGGGUUCUUUGGGUAAUUAGGUCAGUUGGAGAAGAAUAUAAGCAUAGCAACUACUCAGAGUGUCCUUGCUACUUUGUGUACAGAUUAUAGAUGAGGGUCUUAGCAUUGCAAGAUGGCCUGUGAGAAGAAAAUUAUCAGCAAUUUUACUGUCAAGGUUGGAUCGGUACUGCUUGCAGUAUGCAUUCUUGUGCCGAUUUCGCUUGUGACAAUGUUCAGGCAUUACGCGGUUCCUCUGCAAACAUUAAGCUUGUUAUUUUCAGUAGGCUCGUCGUCUUUGGUAAUGUCGGAAAAAGAAAAGAUCGGCUCUCGGCAUUCAGGCAGAAACCAAGGGCCGGUGUUUUGUGACUUCUCAAGCCCAAGAUCAGACGUCUGCGAGCUGAAAGGAGACGUCCGCGUCCUCCCCAACGCCACCGUCCUCCUCCUCCAUCACUCAGCGAGGCGCCAGUCAUGGAGGAUGAAGCCGCACGCAAGGAAGAACGAUGGCCAUGCCCUCGCCCACGUCACGGAGGUGACGGUCGCCUCGUCUCAUCCCACCGAUCGCGCAGCCCCUCGAUGCACGGCCAAGGACGCCGCCCCCGCCCCCGCGGUCAUCUUCUCGGUCGGCGGCUACGCGGGGAACAUGUUCCACGACCUCACCGACGUCCUCGUCCCUCUGUUCAUCACCACGCGGCAGUUCGGCGGCGACGUGCACCUCCUCGUCAGCGACGCCCAGCCGUGGUGGGUUGACAAGUUCCGGCCGCUGCUCCGUGGUUUUUCCCGCCAUGGCGUCGUCGACCUGGACAGAGAACGCAGUGGCGUGCUCUGCUACCCUCACGUGAUCGUCGGCCUCGAAUUCCACAAGGAGAUGAGCGUCGACGCCGCGAGGACCGCCGGCGAGUACUCCAUGGCCGACUUCGGCCACCUCGCCCGGAGAUCCUACGGCCUCACGAGAGACAUGGCCAUCCGGCUCCACGGCCGUGACGGCAACCACUCCGCCCACCCCAGGCUGCUGAUCAUCUCCCGGAAGGCGACCAGGACGUUCACCAACGUCGGCGCCAUUACACGAACAGCCACUACUCUGGGGUACGAGGUGGUCGUCGGCGAGGCGGAGCGGCACGCGGACCUGCCCUCCUUUGCGCGGCUGGUGAACUCGUGCGACGUGUUGGUGGGCGUGCACGGCGCCGGGCUGGCCAACCUGGUGUUCCUCCCCGCGGGGGCAGUGGUGGUGCAGGUGGUGCCGCUCGGCGGGCUGGACGCGAUGGCCGCGGAGGACUUCGGCGCGUCCGCCCGCGACAUGGGACUCGGGUACGUGCAUUACGGCAUCGCCGUGGAGGAGAGCACGCUGGCGAGGCGAUACCCGCGCGACCACCGAGUGCUGAGGGACCCCGCGGCGGUGAGGCGGGAAGGGUGGAUGGCGCUGCGGUCGGUGUACCUCGUCGGCCAGAACGUGACGAUCGACGUCCACCGGUUCAGGGGCGCCUUGCGCCGCGCGAUGGAGCUUCUCCCCUAGAUAGAUGGUGUAGUUCCUCGGCUGAAACGGCAAUGUUCGCUUAUGUUAGGCCCUGUCCAACCAAACAUCCCGUGAAAAGCUGAAUUUUGAAAAACUAAAAAACUGGUUUAUAAUAAAAUGAACUGAUAGUUGAGAAGUUGGUUAAAAUUAGUUUUUCUGGUUUUUAACGUGGUGAGAAGUUAAAAAUUUAUUAAAAAACCAAUAGCAAAAAGUCAUUAGUCAGAAGUCAGAAAUCAAUUUUUCAACUUAAAAGUCAAAAGCCUAAGUCCAACCAAAUACAGUUUUACUACGGUCCAGGUAAAUGAGUAUAUAUGUUUGGUGAGCAAUCUCAUAUUUGGGAGACUAUAAUUUCAAGAAUUUUUUAUAUUUUUUAAUCUGAAAAUUGUAAAUAUAUGAGUUCGCUCUGAAAUUUUGUAACUCUAUAUUUUUGCCAUCAACGGGUGAUAAAUUUUU